GCAGGGGGCGCGCAGCUAGAAAAAACUGUUGCGCGUUCAAGGGAAGGAAAAAAAAUUGACGGACUGCGGAGUCUGCGCAAUUGUCGUCACUCCGAAGUUUCGGGAGAACCGCAGAGGAAGGAGGAGGAGAACAGCGCCAUUUUUAUUUUACUGCCCAUUCAUCUGUGGCUCUGACUCAGUGUAGGUCAAAGUAAAACCUGGACUCAGUGCCGAGCUGAGUUCAGAUGGGCUCUCCAGAAAGGAGGACGAUGAAUGGGCCAGGUGCUGGGGGGGAAGUCGUCGGGGGUGAAGACGAUGAAGAGUUUUUGCAGGGAGGAGUAAAGGAAGGGUUAAAAUCCAAACCCAGGUUCUCCUACACCGAGGUCAAGUUGCUGCUGGAGGAGGUGAAGAAGAACCGAUACAUCGUUCUCAAGAAGUUCAACCAUGGCGUGUCGGUGGAUAUCAAGAAACAGAAGUGGGCAGAAAUCACUGAUCAGAUCAACAGUUUGGGGGAGAAUCAUCGAGAGAUCCGUCAGAUCAUGAAGAAGUGGGCCGACCUCAAAUGUGACGGACAGCGCCGGCUCUUGGCCAUGCGGGGCCCCAACGGUUCCAACCUGAGGAAGAAGAGACUGGGCCCCGUGGAGAGGAUGGUCCACAAGAUCCUGAUGAUGAGUCCUAAAAGAGAUGAGGAGAGCGAUCAGGACUUGAGUCUCGAAGAGGAUUUUGCAAAGUCUUUCCUGAAAGGUCCGUUGCUGAAUGUGCCCCCCUAUUCCUACCUGAACCUGAACGAGAACUCUGAGGCUAACAGAGAAGCUUUCUCCUUUGACAUGUCGCCUCUGUCCUCGCCAGAAAAAGAACUCGAUGAGCUGGUCCACUCCUCCUCUGAGUUUGACCAGGCUGAUGAUGAAGCUCCUUCCUUCAAGGGCCUUCUGCCCGGAGACACCAGAGAAAGGAUCAAACCUGUGCACACAUACUCCAGGACCCAUCAGAACCAGAACCACACACAGAACUCCACCAACUCUCCUCCUACAUCCUCCAUCUCCAGUUUCCCUUCAGAUGCUGCCUCCUCCUCUUUCUCCUCUGCAGCACCUCCCCCUUCAGCGUCUCCUCCAGGCUCUAGUCUGACUCCUUCUUUGCUCCUCGCUCCUUCCUCCUCAACAUCAGUAACAACCAAUGGAGCUCCUCCUCCAAAGGCAAUCUCCUCUUCUGCCAUCGCUCCUUCACCUUCUGCUACUUUGUCCUUCAACAUUCCUCCACCUCCUCCGUCCUCUUCAAACCUCCCACAUAGUCAUGCUUCCACCUCCAACCCGUCUGUCCUCCUCCCUCCUGGAUCGUCCCUGCGCAGGUCCCAGGAACAGGUGGCCCAGCUGGCCUCCCAGAGCCUCCAGCAGCAGCGGGCAGGUCGGAUGCUCCUGACGUCGGUGUCUCAGUCCCUGGAGAUGCUGACUCAGUCCAUGCAGCUGCUGGUGGAGAGCCAGCAGGAGUUUGUGCAGGAGUCUCUGCAGUUGCAGAGGGAGACGGUGGACGUCCUGAGGGACUUCUCAAACACAACGCUUCGUAUGCUGAGGGACAAAAGCAACACUGGACAGCUGCUGUCACGCCAUCCUGCUCCUCCAGCUCCUCCUGCUCCUCCUGCGUACCACCAUCAACAUCCAGCAUCACGUUUCUGAGAAACCAAGAAACAAACUUGUUAGUUUUUUAAAGAGACAAGCAGUGGUGGUUAAUCCUGAGAGACAGAAAAUAUUUGUCUCCAUCAGCUUCCUGAAAGUGAACAGAUUUUCCAAAAACUCGCUGCUGAUGCUGAUGUGCCUCUUCCUGUUUAUUUCCCUGCUGGAUCUGCAGCUGUUUUCCAGUCCAUAAACGGAAAUCUGACGCAUACAAACAGAACCAGAUAACAGAUGCAUUAUCAUUUCAGAUAAAAACAACCCUUUCUCCUGGUUUUAGUUCUGAUCCAGCAGAGAUGGGUUCAGAUAUUUUCUGACUUGUUUUUCUGGGUAAAGUUUCAUUCUCUUUCUGUCAGUUUUUUUGUCAAUCAACUGUUUUAACUUGUGAAGUCAAGCAGUUGCCAUUUUAUCCAAGGAUAAAGUUCAGGAAGCAUCAACUCAAAGUAAAAACAUGUGCAACCUUAAAUCUAAUAAACACUAAUAUAUCGCACAGUGAAAACGUUUUAAAUCCAGAUAAUCAUUUUCUGAGCUUCUGGAUUUCUGUCCAGAAAAAUGAACCAAUGGACAGCACAGGUGAGCUUUAUUUAUUGACCAUAUAAGGGCAGACAUCCUGCUGUGACCAACUGCUGAAUUUCUUUUAAUGAACUGAUGACAUUUUCUGUUUGCUCUCCAGCCUGGAUUUUGAUCAUCAUUUCGGGAGAUGAUUUCCUGAUAUUUUAUCUUUUUCCACCAAGUGUUGACGGCUGGAUUAACUGCUGCCAGUCGGGGUUAAAAACUGAGCAAUCACAAUAAUCUGAGCUUUUGUGGUUCUGGCAUUUUGUUCUAAAAAAAUAAACACCAAGAUAUUUA